AUGCCUGAACCAGCUCCUCGACGUUCCUUGGCUGCACGACGACGUACAGCAAAAAUCGCUGAUUUGGACGAUGAUAUCGAUGAAAAGGAAAACUCUUUGAACGAUAGCCUUACUGGACGGCGUCCUUCACGUGUUUUGAACGGUUCAUUCAAUGCGAUAGAUGAUCAACCAACUCAGACACCAAGACAGUUGGUUGAUUUGUACCAAAAGACGGUUGAGUUAGCAACCCAAGGAAAAAUCAACAUAAAAAACGCAUUUAAUAUUCCAUUGGUGGAACGUUUACCUCAAGUUCUGAAUGUCAUUGCGUUAGACGAUAAAGAAAAUCAUAAUCUAGGACCGAAUUUCGUCAAGGCUGGAUCAGUUAUUGAUACAAGUGCAAAGAUUUAUGGCUAUCGUGUGGAUGCACUACACACGGAGACUCAGAAAUUAAGUGGAAACAUUCUGAACACUGAAGAAGAAGGAGCUGCCGAUGGUGCGACUAAAGAAAGCGAUCAAGCCGAAGGUGACAAUGACAAAGCUGAUUCGGAUCAAAUCGAUCCGAAGAAGCCAGUACGUCGUGUUAAAGCGAAAGCGACAACAUUUAUUUUAACCGACACAACAAAAAUCACUCUUGAGCACGAAUUUCAAUUUCGUCCGCUACAAUCGCCUAAUAUGUGCCAUUGGCGUGGUGGUAUAGGUGCCGACUCAAUAUAUGCUGAAAUGGUUUCAAGCACGAUGUAUUCGUCGAGUGAUUAUCCAUUGAUUGAUGGAUUUACAAACAUGAAUGCUCAAGUGGAAGAACAACAAAGUAGAAUCGAUUCAAUUCUUGAUCGAACCAUUACCGAAAUGGUUGAUCUCACAUCAUUGCGUAGUGCUAUUCGAGGUAGUGAAGGACACGAUCACAUUCUUGGAAACCAUACUUUACGUGAUUUUGUUUUCAAUGAAACACCAAGUGGAUCAUUUAUCAAUACAAUUCAUGAAAGUUGUCUUGGUCAACAACUUGACGAAAGUAUGAAUCAAUCGUAUGUCAACCACGAUAAUGUUGAUAAUGAUGACGGAUACAAUCAUGAAGAAUUGAUGCACGCAGCUAUUGAUGAUCUCAACGAUGAUCCGUCGCAAGCAAAUGAAGUCUUCAAAGAUGCAUUAACACAAUUGAGUUAUCCGGAUCCAUCAAGCACACAUUCGAAUAUUCAAUCGCAACAAUCAACAAAUUCAAAUUUACCAUCGACGAAUGGUCUUCUAUCCGCGUCAUUCAUGAGUACAGUUUCAUUUGCUGAUCAAAUGCCUAAUUUAUUACAUCCGAAAGAUGGCCAGUCGGAAUAUUCCUAUUUCGAUGCUACGAAACUCAAAUUAUUCGCUGGACCAAAUAUAUGGAAAUUUACUAAUCUAUUAAGCGCACCUACACCAACGACAAACACGUCUACUAUUCAAGACAAACAAGCGCCUGCGACACCACAUAAAAUCGCAAAUUUAGCACGAGAGGGUCUUGGUCCUAAACGGAACAUUCGAAUCGAGAUCUCCAGUAACAACUCAGUUGAACAAACCAUGUUUGGAAACCAUCAACAUUAUGGUCGUGAUAAGAAAACUGUUAGUACAAGUCAAAGUUCGUUAUUAUUACGUAUACGUGAGAAAAGUCUGAAUCAAAUGCAAUUAGCAAGAAAACUACGACCAUUAAGUGAACUCACCAAUGCGUAUAAUUUCCCUGAUUUAAAUUUUGAACAUUUGAACAUGAUGGAUCGUCGACGAGAUAGACAACAGCUUAUUAGACAAUAUGAAGAUCUUAAUGAACCAGAUUUUCACGAGGUUGAUCAUCCUCUUGAUGAUGAAACUGGUCCAUUAUCAUCGAUAGAUUACGAUUUCGCUCGGCCGGUACACUACGAAAAGAUUGAGUUUGCCAAGGGAUCAUCGUCUGUCAAUGCAAAAAAUCUCAAACGUCAAAUCAUUGAAGAGUUCACUCGUCAAAAAAACGAAAAACAACGUAGUCUGUCACUUGACUCAAGUACAAUGAGUCAACAAUCAUCAGUCUCAUCACUACAAUCUCAACCACUGGAUCCCAUCGUUGAAUUCUCUAUUCUAUGUGAAAAUCUUUCCGAUCAUGGUCAUCUAUCAUUAGAAACGGAUGUGGCAUCGGCAUUUUAUUGCAUGCUGAUCAAUUGUAAUGAGAACAAGUUAUAUUUGAAAAAUAAUUCUCGACGUGAUGAUUUUGUUAUUCAAGAUCAUCCGUUCGUUGAUCAACGUAAUCUUUCCACUCUAUCCUAUUCGUAUGUUAGUCAUUCAAAUUUAUCGGUGGCCCAUUGA